ACAAACACUUUUCUCCCCAACUGUGGGUGGAAGCUUAAAAGAGAAAGUGAAACUUUGCCACAGGAACACGAAAUGAGCAUGAUGAAGCUAAAAUCCAUUGAGGUUUAAGAGAAGAACUUCCGGGAGCUUUUCAUAAUAUAAUACCACAUUCCUAUCAGGUUGACCACACAGUGCUUGUUCCCUGUAUUCAGGCCAUCACCAAAUGAUUUCGGCAUCAUUUGUCCGCCUACAACACAAAUUAUCAAUCACUUGCUGAUGGACAUUUCCUUUGCAAUGGUCUCGAUGAGGCUGUUAGUGCUUUUUAGUGUGUCUCUGGUUGGGUCUCAGCACUCCCAGAGUUCACCACAGGUAUCGGGCCCUCCUCAACCUCCUGGAGAGUCUCGUUUGGGUGAGGACAAUCUGUCCUUUCCUUGGAGUCGUCUUCGCCUGCCACGAUACAUCAUUCCUCUUCACUAUCACCUCUUUGUGCAUCCCAACCUCACAACUCAAAGUUUCACCGGCUCAGUGCAGAUCCAGAUUGAUGUCCAGAACAACACAAAUUGGGUUGUAUUACACAGCAAGGGCUUACAGAUCUCCAAAGCCACAAUUUUAGACCAGGAACUCCAUCACCUGUCUGAUCAGGCUCUUCCAGUUCUCCAUAACCCUUCCCAUGAGCAAAUUGGGAUUUUCUCUCCAAGGGUACUCAGCAAGGGGCAGAAGUAUUUCCUGUAUAUUGAGUUUGAAGCAGAACUUGUAGAAGGAUUCUAUGGCUUUUAUAAAAGCACCUACAGAACCAGUAAAGGCGAGACCAGAACCUUGGCUUCUACUCACUUUGAACCAACAAGUGCUCGAAUGGCAUUUCCGUGUUUCGAUGAGCCAAACUUCAAAGCUAAUUUCUCCGUGCGAGUCAGGAGGAGUCCAGAGUUUAUUUCUCUUUCCAACAUGCCUGUAGUCAAGACAGUUGAGAUAGAUGGUGGCCUUCUUGAAGAUCAGUUUGCUGCGAGUGUAAUGAUGAGCACAUACUUGGUGGCAUUUGUUAUUUGCGACUUCAAGUCUGUCACUGCAACAACAUCAUCUGGCGUGAAGGUUUCCAUUUAUGCUUCCCCUGAGAAGUGGCAGCAGACCAACUAUGCCUUGGAGGUUGCAGUCAAAAUGCUGGACUUCUAUGAGGAUUAUUUUAACAUCCCCUAUCCUUUACCCAAACAAGAUCUGAUAGCCAUCCCAGACUUCCAGUCAGGUGCGAUGGAGAACUGGGGCCUGACCACCUACAGAGAGACCAGCCUUCUCUUUGACCCCCUCACAUCCUCUGUUUCUGAUAAACUCUGGGUUACCAUGGUGAUUGGCCAUGAGCUUGCCCAUCAGUGGUUUGGUAACCUGGUGACAAUGGAGUGGUGGAAUGAUAUCUGGCUGAAUGAGGGGUUUGCCAGAUAUAUGGAGUACAUUUCUGUGGAGGCCACCUACCUUGACCUCAAAGUGGAAGAGUACCUACUCCACACAUGCUUUGCAGCUAUUGGUCAUGAUUCGCUGAACUCUUCUCGGCCUAUAUCCUGCCCUGCGGAGAACCCCACGCAGAUCAAAGAGAUGUUCGAUACCGUCUCAUAUGACAAAGGAGCAUGUGUACUACACAUGCUACGACACUUUCUGACAGAUGAGGUGUUCCAGAGUGGAAUAGUACGAUAUCUGCGAAAGUUCAGUUAUGGAAACGCUCACAAUCAGGACCUGUGGGACAGUCUGACCAAUACAUGCUCAGAGGAGGAGUUCAUCUCAGGGAAACAUUGUUACAGCAGCAGCCAGGCCUCCAAGAACGCAUACCUGUUUGCUGGAGAACAUCUAAACCUGACUGCCAUGAUGAAUACUUGGACUCUGCAGAAAGGUAUUCCCCUGGUAACUGCAACUAGGAAGGGGCCUCGACUCUUCCUCAGACAGGACAGAUUUUUGAGGACUGUGCUGCCUUCUGACCCACUGUGGUCAACGUAUCAGAAAGAUUUCCUUUGGCAUAUACCUCUAACAUAUAAGACAGAUGCUUCGGACACCAUCCAUAGACACCUGAUGACGACGCGCACAGAUAGCAUUGUUGUGGGAGACGAAGUGAGCUGGGUGAAGAUUAACUCUGACAUGACAGGCUACUACUUGGUUCAUUAUGAGGAUGCUGGCUGGGAUGUAAUGACAAAGUUAUUAAGGGAAAACCACACUGCUCUGAGCUACAAAGACAGGACUCACUUGAUACACAAUGCAUUUCAGUUGGUCACGGCGGGCCAUCUGCCCCUCAAUAAAGCCCUGGACCUGAUUGGCUAUCUCCAGAUGGAGAAGCACACAGUGCCCCUCCUUCAAGGACUUGGCUAUCUUGAGGUCUUUUACCAAAUCGUUGAGAGAAGAGAUGAGCUCAGUUUAACACAGAACCUGGGAAGGUACAUCCUGCACUUUUUCCGUGCUGUCAUUGACCAUCAGACCUGGAGUGACAGCGGCUCAGUGUCAGACCGACGUUUGAGGUCAGAGGUCUUGUCACUGGCUUGUCACCUGGACUACCCACCUUGUCUGGAGGAAGCAAAUCGACACUUCAGAGGCUGGCUUCAGUCCAAUGGAACACUUAAUCUACCUACUGAUGUGGCAGAGACAGUGUACACAGUGGGAGCUCGAGAUGACCACGGCUGGGCUUCACUCCUAAACACAUAUAAAACUUCCCUCUCUGAAGCACAAAAACACAAGAUCCUGUUUGCUUUGACCAGUAGCAGGGACACAGAAAAACUAAAAAGACUGCUGGAGCUGGGUCUGGAGGGGAAGUUGAUUAGAUCACAAGAUCUGUCCAGUCUCAUCCUGAUGGUGGCCAGGAACCCAAGAGGACAUUAUCUUGCCUGGAACUUUGUCAAAAAGAAUUGGGACUUCCUGGUUCAAAAGUUUCAGCUGGGUUCAUUUUGCAUCAGAAACAUUAUUAUUGGGACCACUGGCCAGUUUUCAUCUCAGCAUGAUCUCACUGAAGUGCAGUUGUUUUUUGAGUCCAUCAAAGAACAGGCAUCGCAGCUGAGAGCCACACAGAUGGCCCUGGACAACGUGCAGAAAAACAUCCGUUGGGUUCGGAGGAACUUAGAAACUCUGAGAAACUGGCUAAAUGAACAGAUGAACCAGAAGAAACAUCACGUCCGUCGAAGGCUCUUAAACGUACAGAAGUUACCCAGUUUUUGGUCGCCUGGAGGGUCUUUGGGAGAGCUUGCCAUGGAUCUGUUUGACAGUAACAGUACAGAUCGUGCUAACCUGCCAAGGAACAUGAUUGAGAACAGCAUGUUUGAGGAAGAACCCGAUGUUGUGGAUUUAGCCAAAGAUUCCGCUGCAUUUCCAGCAUUUCCUACACUUGACCCAGAUGAGGAGGCGUUUGAGCCUCGUAGUUCCCGGUUACUUGUUCGAGGUCUGGGAGAAAAUGACAUGGAUGACGACGAGGAGGAUUGUGAGUCUUCGGCUCGUCUCUUGGGCAUGUCCUUCAUGAAUCGCAGCUCUGCUCUCAGAUCCGGCUCUUCCCCUUAUGCCAGACAGGCUCCACCAAGGUCCUGUACGCGACCCUCAGCCCGUACCAUGGUUGUAUGUGUGUUACUCCUGGUGAUAAUUGCCUCUAUGACCAUGGUACUGUACUUCCUACCUGGCUGCACCUUUACCAAGGCAGGUUGUCGAAAACCAAACAAGACCACUCCAUUUGAACAAGUCUAUCCCGUGUCCACAAAUGGGGAGCUGUUUCCGUGGACAAAACUUCGACUGCCUUACAGCAUCCAUCCCCACAGCUAUGAGCUGACCUUAAUCCCUGAUCUUGAUAACAUGACUUUCACUGGCAGGACAGUUAUCAACAUGUCCAUUCUUCACAGUUCAAAGGUCAUCGUCCUGCAUGCUGCUAAUCUCAACAUUACCAAAGCUACCUUCCAGCUGGGUGGCGGACAGGCGAGGGAUGUGACUGUUCUGGAGUACAAACCCAAGCAGCAGAUAGCUGUCAAGUUCAAAGAGGAGCUGAAAGCAGGCCAGUACUGUGUUCUGACCCUGGAAUACUCUGCUAACCUGUCUCACACCUAUGAUGGUUUCUACAACAGCUCAUACAUUGCUAAAGAUGGAAACAAAAGGGUCUUAGCAGCCACUCAGUUUGAGCCGCUGUCUGCCAGGAAGGCCUUCCCUUGCUUUGAUGAGCCGUCUUUUAAAGCAACUUUCUGGAUAAAAAUCAACCGGAAAAAAAACUAUAUGACUCUGUCCAACAUGCCCCAGGCCAAAUCCACACCUCUUCCCAACGGCCUCGUGCAGGAUGAGUUUGAAAAGAGCAGUGUCAACAUGAGCACAUACCUGGUGGCCUUCAUUGUUGCCAACCUCUCUCCAGUCAGCAAAAAUGUUUCAGAAACCAUGGUGUCAGUCUACUCAGUACCAGAGAAGAAAGAGUACACUGACUAUGCUCUGGAAACUGCCUGCAAACUGCUGGAGUUUUACAACAAUUUCUUUGAUAUUAACUACCCCCUCAAGAAGCUAGACUUAGUAGCAAUACCAGACUUCCUGGCAGGAGCAAUGGAGAACUGGGGACUCAUCACUUUUCGGGAGACCAGCCUGCUGGUGGGCAAAAAGUCCUCCCCUCUGGAAAAACAAGUAGUUGCCUCUGUCGUAGCACAUGAGCUUGCACAUCAGUGGUUUGGAAACCUGGUAACUAUGAGCUGGUGGAAUGACCUUUGGCUGAAUGAAGGCUUUGCCACAUAUAUGCAAUAUAUGUCUCUGCAGACAGUGUUGCCCCAUCUGGACAUUGGUAAUUUAUUCUUGGCGGUGAGAUUCAGAGCCAUGGACAAAGAUGCACUAAACUCCUCUCAUGCUGUUUCCACACAAGUAGACACUCCAGAACAAGUUGAAGAGAUGUUUGACUCGGUCUCUUAUGAAAAGGGUGCAUCUAUUCUCUUAAUGCUGAAUGCUACCUUGCCGGGGGACCAGCAGUUCAGAAAGGGCAUCAUUCAGUACCUAAAGCAAUUCAGUGGUUUAAAUACAGAAACUGAUGACCUCUGGAACAGCCUCACACAGGUAGAGGUUUCCACGCAGCACCAGAAUGUGUCGGAGAUGAUGAGUUCAUGGACUUCACAGAAAGGCUUCCCACUGGUCACUGUAAGCCGCAAGGGAGACCAGUUGACCCUCACACAGGAGCACUUCCUGCUCACAUCCGACAAUGCUACAAGUAGCGCUAGUUUGUGGAACAUUCCCGUGACCUACGUUAAUGACAGCUGCAGUUUGGCCCAUGAGUGCAGACAGAUGUACACUCUGAAGUCCAAGUCAGGCACCAUUAAGCUGCCAGAGAGCGUAAAGUGGCUCAAGUUGAACUACAGAAACACAGGCUUCUACAUCGUCCACUAUGGAGACGAGGGCUGGCAUGCUCUUAUCGAGGCUUUGUCCACAAAUGUCAGUGUUCUUACGCAUGAGGACCGUGCCUCACUCAUACACAACAUUUUUGCGCUCUCCAGACUGGGACGUGUAUCCUUCCGUCAGGUCCUCAGCCUGUUGAACUAUAUGACCAAUGAAACUGAGACUUCUCCUGUGACAGAGGCUUUGCUGCAGCUCAAUUCCAUCUACAGGCUGCUUGAUAAAAGACAGGAGUCUGGCCUCGUCGCUCGCAUGAAGGCUUAUAUUCUGAGGCAUUUUGGUUCUCUGAUGGAAAAACAAACAUGGGGAGACGAAGAGAGUGUUUCCAAACAGGAGCUGCGUUCUGCUCUCCUGGGGACGGCCUGUAAUCUAAAAGUGGAAAACUGCACUCAGCACGCCAAAGCCCUCUUUAAACAAUAUUCUGAAUCCAAUGGCACCUUCCAGAUUCCAGGUGAUCUGCAGCAAGUCGUUUUCUCAGUGGCUGCUCAGUCAGAUGAAGACUGGGAGGCUUUGCUCACCAUGUAUGUAGAAGUCACCAACGAUGCAGAGAAGCGAAAAAUCCUUCAGGGUCUGGCAUCAACUCAGGACCCAAGACGUGUCGUCUGGAUUCUUAAGGCAGGUCUUAAUGGGGAUGUCAUCCAGACGCAGGAGUUGCCUUUGGUCAUCAACACUGUGUGUAAUGGCUUUGCUGGCCAUUUGUUUGCAUGGGACUUCAUACAAGUGAACUGGGACAGCCUCAUUGAGAAGUUCCGAGUGGGCUCUUUUGCAAUCCAGACAAUCAUCAAAUCUGCUACCUCGCAGUUCUCCACACAGGCGCACCUUGAUCAAGUGCAGGCUUUCUUCUCUGGUCUGAAGGGGCGUGGCUCUCAAAUGAGAAGUGUGCAGGAAGCACUUGAAACCAUCAGGCUGAACAAACGCUGGAUGGACAACAACCUCUCUACACUCCGAAAAUGGCUCUAGGAAAGGCGCUCCAUCCAGUGUCCGCCUCACUGUCAAACAAUUACGGUGUGUCUUCAAGAGGGCAGAAGUGUUUGCACUAUUGUUGGACUCACAUUGAUCCGGAUUAGGGCAUUGAUCAAUGGAGAAGGCUGUGCUCUACCUGGGUGGGCAGGGUUUAGACUGGAGAAUCUGUAGCUCCUGUCAGAUGGACUUGAUCGCUCAGGGUGGCUCUGACCGUGCGUUUGACAAGGCGCCAGGGCAAAACACACUUUUCCCGCUUUAUGCUGUCGACCAAAAUCUGCUCUUGAAACCUCAUUUGAACCUCAUGCCCGAGCAGACAAUCAUGCUUAAAACAAACUCCUUUAGCCCGGCCAAAUCUCAGGCAACUAUCCAUUUGAGCUGCAAAAUGGUCUCUUACUCUUAUCAAAAGUAUGAUGAAUGUCAACACGGCUGACUGGACGAGAGCUGUGCGUCACAUAGGAUGCAGCUUUCAGGAUUUCCACAACAACUAUGAAUUGCUCUGAAUACAGCUGCUUGAAAGAUGCAUUCAUCUGUAGUGUCGGUCAGUGAAGCAUUAGCUAUUUUAGUCAUGGCUGCGUUAGUUGACUGACCGAUCAGUCGAGCCGAACUUCUUCUGGCAUCAUUUGAAUGUACUAGAAACCUUCCCACUGUGUACUGUGGAGGAUGUACUCUGGUCCUCUUUUUUUGCUCCUUCCAUACAACCAUUUAAGCUCUGAUUAGGGCUGGGCGAUGAUUUCAAACAUUUUUUUCAAACAAAACGGCAAAUCUGACAUACGGUUUAUAUCACUUGGAUGCUAAAACUGCAGUAUUAAUUUAUGUAUUGCAGUCCCCAAGAUGGACAUGAGCAGAGGUUUUACAAGAAGUAUUUUAGUUAUUUAGUUUGAUUGAAAACUGUAUGAGACAGAAAAGAUCAAAGGAGAGAAGCAGACAUAGGGAGGACAUUCUGCAGAUAACCUUUGUUUGUCAUGUCGCCCAGCCCUAGCUCUGAUCAACAGGUUUCAGUUCUUUUUGCCUGCUGUGCAGCCAUUGUAAAAACUCUUUUACUGUAUUUGCUUGUAAAGUUGUAAUUAUGUAAAUAUUCUAAACUUUGAGCUUUUGGAUGUUCUGUUUUUGAAUAUUCUCACAUUUAGCAUUUUAACGUUUGCUUUCUGUGUGUGUACAUAGAUUUUAAAGGAUUAUUUAAAAGUUUAGUUUCUUUUUUUUAAUUUUUUUUUUUUUAUCCCUGAUGUGGAAAACCAAACCAAACUAAAAGAGGGUCCUCUAUUUAAGAAUGUUGUUACAAGGGCUAAUGUGAGCAUUGCAGGUACUUAGUGUAAUAGUAUAAAAUCUGCCCAGCUAGCAGUUGCUUGUCAGUCUAAGAAAUACAAGAGUCACUCCGGGGCUAAUGACCCAUGCCUCCUAGAAUUAGCUAUUUAUUUAGUGUUGGUAAAUUUUCCCCUCUAAUUUUGACUUUAUUUAAAGAGCCGAGCAGGCUCAAAGUGGUACUCAUUCAGGAUUACUACUCUGUUAACCUGAAAAGUGUGCAUUUGCUUUAAUUGUUGUGUUUUUAUUCAAGCUUCUUGAUCUGUGUUUUACCAGUACCAAGACAACCUGUUAGAUAUGUGUAUAAAAUUCCCAGUAAAGGUACCUGAGAAUGACAGAAUGCUUGUGACUCUUAGUGGUUAGUAGGGAGUUUUCCACAGGUCAGUCAGGGACUUCUUAAUGACGAAUGUGUGAUGAACCAAAGGUCAGUGAACCAUAGUGAGAAGUGAGAUUAAAUACACAUGAGAAGAAUAGGUUUGUAAUUGUUGUACGCUAAUACAUUUAAGACCCCCUCCCCCUCAUUCCAUUGUAGAUGGGAACUAACUGAGCACUUCUCACAUCUUUCAGUUCACCUAAAUUCUUCUCAUUAUAUUUUUUGCAAAGUGUUGUCUCGUUGUUGUCUCCAAAUCGUGACAGGACAUAGUGGAGAACCGCAAGUUGCAGUAAACCCAUCAGAUUUAUCUUUGCUUUUGACCCGGGACAAAAUACUGUACAUGCAUCUGCACUUCUGUUGCUGUUCAUUUGGCAAAAUAUAAGCUGUUUUCUGAGUCAUGUUUGCUUUUCAUCCUUUCACACCAAGUUUCCAAGUUUUAAGUUAGUGUCCAGGCACUUACUGACAGAAAAUGAAGUUACCAUGUUUAAAGAAAAAAAUGUCAGUAUUUCAUGAAAAAUAUUCACUAUUUGUGAAAUUGAUAGCAGUAACAAGUUUUUAAAGUUUGAGAAGGGUUCAUAUUUUCCAGUGUGGAGUGUCCUUUUAUUUCCGUAAUGAUUAAAAAAAAAAGUUUUCACUUGAACUUUGCUGAUAACCACUGACUGCUUCAUCUUAUCUUUAACCAGAGGAGACAGGGUCCAUUAAAAAAA